GAGCUAGGAGCAGGACGAUGUUUGACAACACGCAGUACCCCUAUAACUGCUUUAAUUAUGAUGGGGAUGAUUAUCCUACCUGUAGUUCUGACGAAGAGAAAAAAUUCACCAGACCGGCGUACAGCUACAUUGCCUUGAUUGCAAUGGCCAUCCAGCAAAGUCCUUCAAAUAAAGUCACCCUCUCUGGCAUUUAUGACUUUAUAAUGAAGAAAUUUCCUUACUACAGAUCAAAUCAAAGAGCCUGGCAGAACUCCAUCCGGCAUAACUUAUCGCUUAACAGUUGUUUUGUAAAGGUUCCCAGAACAGAAGGGAAUGAGAAGGGAAAAGGAAACUAUUGGAGCUUUGCAUCAGGAUGUGAAUCCAUGCUGGAUCUCUUUGAAAAUGGGAAUUACAGACGAAGAAGGAGGAGAAGAAAUGUGAAAAGAGAACAUAAGGAGCAGAGACCAAGCGGAGGGAAAAGUCCUUCAUCCCCUGAUAUGUCUUCUAUCAACUCUGCUUUAAACAACAUUUCCUCUUCUGAAAGUAAACAUGAAAAAAUUGAAUCGAGCCCAAGAUUACAGGAGUCUCAUGGGUUUGCUCCAAACAGCAUGACCAACAGGCAGAGCCUAAGCAAUUCCUCCUUAGCAAAAUCGGAUUCUGAAAUUAAAUUCAGCAUCGAUUACAUCCUUUCAGCACCUGACCCUUUGCCUGUCCUGAGAUCUCAAUAUAAUAUGCAAGAAAAUAAAUACCAUCUACGGGAGGCCCAGCAAAUUAAUCUCCAGUUCUGGACAAUGUGAUGUUAUUUUAUUUGUGGUAAUAAAGUCUGAGUUGCAGUGUAUUCAGUAGCCUCAUGUCACUGAAAAUCAGCCGCCUGCCUCCUCAUUUUCUUCCUGCACAGUACUCUGAAAGGGUUACUGAUUCACCAGCUGAUACUCUGUCUGUACCCAAAGAACUUUGCUAAGAUUAAAGCAUAAAUAAGUUACCAAUAUCAGUUUUCACUAUGCUGAAAUUCAUGAAAUUCUGGCUUUGUUUUCUAAACUGUCAUGGACAUCAUUUAACACUACAAAGAAUUUCCUUUCUCAGGCAGAAUCUGACAGAAAAUAAGACUUGCUUAUCAUCCAUUGCUUUAUUAAAGACAAAGUGAAUUUGAUUCCACUUCCACUGGUGGAAAUUAGGAUUAAUUCCACUGAAAUAUAUAGGUCAGAACUUAAGCUGAUCUGAAACAGUGUAAUUCUGUCGACUUACACUGGCUGAGAAUGUAAGGGGGAAGGCUUUCUCUUCAUAAAAGGAAUCAUAGAAAAUCACUCUGUCUUCCUUUAUUUUUUGUUUUAAAAUCAUGUUUCAAACUGUUAUGCAUCUUUA